AUGCUAUUAAAAUAUGGAGCAAACAUACAUCACAUUGAACAAGAAGGAAUUAAUGCUAUGAUGCUGGCCUCACAAAAUGGACAUGAUAAAGUGGUAGAGCUCUUACUAAAAAUUGGAGCUGAUGUAAAUUACGUCGAACAAGAGGGGGUCAAUGCACUAAUGCUGGCCUCUCUGAAUGGACAUACACAAGUCGUUGAUGUUUUGCUGAAAAAUGGAGCGGAUAUUUUCAUAGUUGAGCAAAAUGGGUGGGAUGCAUUAAUGAUUGCAUCACAAAAUGGACAAGACAAAGUAGUAGCGCUCUUACUACAAAAUGGAUCUGAUAUUAGUCACAUCGACAACGAAGGGUGGGAUGCUUUGAUGUAUGCCUCACAAAAUGGAAAUCAAAAUGUUGUAAAUAUUCUACUCGAAAGCAAAGCAGAUUUGUACAGAAUCAAUAAUUACGGAAUAGAUGCACUAACGAUUGCUUCGCAUGCUGGUCAUUAUGAAGUAGUAGAUAUUCUACUUAGAAAUGAUAGAGACGGAAAUAGUUUUAAUAAAUAUGGAACAAAUAAUAUUACAUCUUCCGCACACUAUGGCCAUGAGACAGAUGUCGGCAGUCGACCAGAAUAUAACGAAAACAAAAACCAAAGCACUAUGAAGUUAAAUUAUGCCUUAAUGACAGCGUCUGAAGCUGGACACGAUAAAGUGGUAGAAAUUCUAAUUAAACAAGGAGCAAGCGCAAAUCACGAGGAUCAACAUGGAUGGAGUGCUUUAAUGUUGGCCUCACAGAAUGGCUACGAUAAAGUGGUUAAAAUUCUACUUAAAAUGGAUCGGAAAUAA